AUGGUUAUUAUCCUGCACACACAUAACAUUUUGGAACAUUUGGUUGAAACAUGUUUGGAAUGGUAUGUAGACCAUUUCGAAUUAGUACCCAAUUCUCAACUUGAUUUCGAAUGUGGACAGGGCACAAUAUACAUGUUAUUGCAUCUAGUAGUAGACUUACAGUUGUAUUUAAGUCAUCCUUAUGGCAAAGUCUCUGUACCUACUGUUGCUCAAGAACUGAGACACUUGCAGAUUCUCCAAAGUUUUGCCUGCAGUGUUCUGUCUCUGUUUCAGGUUAGGAGGUUAAUAGCAUUUUUGGAUCAGGGCACUAUCGGACCGAGGCUGACCAGGAUGGGGCUGGCACAAGGAUCAGUUCUCUCUUCCUUGUUGUUUAACAUUUACACCAGUGAUCUCCUAAAUAUUUUGUCAGGUAGAAUCCGUGUAUUCCAAUAUGCUGACAGUCUGUGA